AUGCCUCGACAGAGCUCGGUCAGGACCGCCUAUCACAAAGUGGGAGCUGCAGGAAACAUACGCUGCGAUCUACUUCCACAGCGGAUCAUCGUGGACGAAAUGCUUUGCAUGCUUGGGAGUUGCUGCUGUUGUAUUGGCGUUGCUGGGCAUGGCAGGGACGCCAAACACCACCGACCGGGAAUCGGCCGAGCUCAUCACGUUGAGAAAGCUUCCAUGAAUAGCAACAGUUCUCCAGACGACUCAUACGAUCCAUCAAUUUAUCCAAGCAUUGGAGAGACGGAUGUUCGAGACGCCAUCGCGGGAGCCAUGGACAAAAUUGAAACCGCGGAAAAGGACGAGAUGCAGAAGGAAAAAUCCAUGCUAGAAUCUGCUGUGACGGCGGCUGGAGGUAUGAUUCGCUCCGGUAUAGACAAACUGCUAGGGGGGAACCUUGACGAUGAAGAGAUUGAAGAAAUUGUCUCGGAAGUCGAGGAACGAUUGAGGAUUGGAUUUGAUGAAGACCUCGAGGCCAAGGCUGACCAGAUUACCCAAAACUACGAGGAUGAGAUUGAAAACGCAGUCGACAACGCAGAAAGAGAACGUGUUUCAUACGACACCAUUGAGAAAGACAUUUGGGACCGAGAAGACGUCGCGGUUAAAGCGACAAGGGGUGAGAUUGACUCAGCAGCAGAACUGCUGCAUACCAAUUUGCGGGGACGGGCCUCACAGAUAGAAAAGGAAAUUUUGGAGAAGCGGUUGAGUGCAAGAUUUGGACGCCCCGUCACCAUUGUCAUUGGCGACGAUCUGGAACUGGAAAGUUUAGACAAUCUCUUCGCUGGUCUUCCGUCUUCUGGCGGUGCCACGGUAUCGGGAGAAGCCUACAAUGGAAUCCAAAAUGAAGAGCACGCAGACAGUGACAGAGACCCCGAGGAAAAUAGCCACAAUUCUAGGGCACCAAGCCUUUCACCCGAAUCAGAUUCAGGAUCUGCGGAUAACUCUGAAAGCUCUUUUGAUGAUCCGAUGGCAGAAACCGGCAAAGAAAAUUCGCAUACACAGGAAGAGAUAUAGCUCCGAAAGAGCAGAAAAAGAAGGGCUGGUUCAGCUUCGGCAAGUGAAUGAAAACUCCGAUGCCCCUAUU